GCGGCAGCAGCUGCGGUCGGUCGGUUGACUGCGAGGCGGCGGCGUCGGCGUUUUUAACGUUUUUGUUUUAAUUCACACGAAUAUAUAUUCUUAUAGCGUUAGGUUGUGGUGUCGGCCUUUCACCAUGGGGAAGAAGCACCACAAGAAGCACAAGACGGACAAGCAUGCGAGCGAAGCGACGGAGAGUGUCGACGUGAAGCCGUUGGAUGUGAAGGUGAAGCCGUUGGAUGUGAAGGUGAAGCCUUUGGAGGUGAAACCACCGGACAUGAAACCACCGGACGUGAAACCAGUGGAGGUGAAGCCUGACAAGCCUGCGCUGAAGCUAGUGCUAAAGAUGGGCAGCGCCGUGACAGAGGUGACCGAACCUGCCACCUACUUUGCCGAGUCGUCCGACCCCGAGGCGCGCCACCGCGAGAAGAAGAAAAAGAAGAAGAAGAAGUCUGACAAAGAGCGUGAUCGCCACGAGACUGAGGAGGAGAGACGGAAACGGAAGGAGGAGAAACGCAAGAAACGUGAACGUGAGCGAAGUGAGAACGACCGAGACGGAGAGCAGAGCACGCCACCCAAGAGACCGUCCAUCGAACCAAUGCCUGAACAGACUCCCCUUCUUGGCAGGCCAAAAGAGAUAGAAAAUGAUCAAACUCCUCUUCAGCAACUUCUUAGUCACCUUAACAGGCAGCUACAGAGAAAGGAUCCAAGUGGCUUUUUUUUGUUCCCCGUGACGGAUGUCAUUGCUCCGGGCUACUCUAUGAUCAUUAAAGUUCCAAUGGACUUCAGUACCAUGCGGGAGAAGAUUGACCACAAUGAAUACCAGUCUGUCACGGAGUUCAAGUCGGAUUUCAAGCUGAUGUGUGACAAUGCCAUGACCUACAACAGACCAGAGACAAUCUACUAUAAGGCCGCCAAGAAGCUUCUCCAUACUGGUUUCAAGAUGAUGAGCAAGGAGAAGCUUUUGAGUCUACGGACAAGCCUGGAAUUUAUGCAGCACAUGGAUGGCAGCACUCAGGCUGCCCUGCUGGGGGAAGAGACGGAUGAGCAACCAGGAGGGGUCAAGGUGGUAGACAGCGACACCACGCAUGCUGAAGCCACGCAGCGAAAACCUAAAAAAACAGGCAAGGAGCCAGCCCAAACUCCACCAGAAGUGGAACCAGAGGCAGAUGCGUGCAGCUUCACAGACAGCACAGCUGGCGAGCAUGUGCUGGCACUAGCAGAGCACGCAGCUGAUGAGGCACAAGACAAACUGGCACGCUGCAAGCCCAACAGCAAGAUUGGAUUUCUGCGGAAGGACGAGGAAGGCUUAACAACUCUCGCCAUCGUGAACCCUGCAGAUUCUGAUUCUCACGGAGAGAGCUACCCUGUGACUUUGGGGAUGCUGGUUGGGAAGCUCCAGUUCGGCACCAGCUGCUUGCAAGGCUUCAAAGAGGACAAGCGAAACCGCAUUACGCCAGUGACGUACCUGAAUUAUGGGCCAUUCAGCACCUUUGCGCCACAGUACGACUCUACUUUCUCAAACCUGAGCAAAGAGGAAUCGGACGUCCUUUAUUCAACGUAUGGAGAUCAGGCAGGCCUGCAGUAUGCCGUCAGUAUUCAAGAUUACAUCAGAGACUGUGGGGAUUAUACUGUGCACAUGGUGGACAACCUUCUGGACAUUCUUUCCCAUGGAGAGCAUGGCAAGACCCUCAAACAGCAAAAAGAGGCUAUGGCAGAUGCAGAGAAGAGUGGAAAAGAAAAUGGUGCUGAUGUUACUAAUAAAAAUGGUAUCUCUGUCAGUAAACCUGACCAAAAUUCUGAUUCUGCGGAAGCUUCAGGUUCUCCAGAAUUACCAGCAGAGGAAUCAACACAGCCAGUCAACGAGAACGAGUCGCAGAUGUUCCAGCGAAGACUGAAUGAGACGGGGCAGCUCCUGAAAGACCUGCAGGAUGCCCAGACGCUGCGUCUGAGUGCUCGGCCUCCUCCAAACCUCAGUAACUUGCUCGGCCCUUCCCCAGCUGAGGUGCAACUAGCCGGCAAGGUGACUAAUGGACUGAAGGUGCUGACAAGCUGCGUCGCCCCCGGGGACAUGGUGAGCACAGCGGGUCUGCACAAGGCGAUGGGAAUUGCCGUGUGUCCCGUCGAGACCACGACGUCUCCAAAGCUUCCACCAGCACAGACGCAGAUCAAACAGAUGCAACAGCAGGCACAAGUGGCAACGCCCGAUACGCAAUUUCCUUCUCCAAGCCAUGAGUCACCAGAAGAAGCGAACCCAGAGGACCCAGCCGACGAGGAGAGGGAGAAUGAUGAGAGCAUGCAAACAGAUGAACUCAACACCACUUCGUCCUCAAUUGAGGGAGCGAGUGACACAGCUAGCACAUAAAUAUGAACAUCAGCGCACAAGAAUGUCCACUUAAAACAGCUUGUUAUGGUGUUUGUCUGUUUUACGUGCUAAUUUUUCAAAGUCUAUAAAGUUAAAACAAAAUUUCGAAUGCAAUAUACUAUUAAAUAUAUAUUUAGGUCCACACGCUUUUAUAUACCAAUUGUCAAGCAGAUUGUAAAAUAAUACAACUUGUAAGAAUCUUUCAAUUAAAAUGACUUUUUUUAUUGUAUUGCAAACAUUUGUUAGAAUUUUAUAUGCAUUGCAUUUGUGGUUGUACAAAAUACAAGGAUAAUUUAUUCUUGCAUUGAUGUUAGGUUGGGCACUGUUUUGGGCUGUCUGGCAUUUGAAUACACCAACAUUUCCUCGUGUAACAUGAAAUUACACCACCCUUGUUUUAGGUGUGAGCAAUGUGGUUGCCGUAGUCGUUUUGUUUAAAAAAAAAUGUUCUUUGUUACGUAAAGCAAUUAUUUAUGGUUUGGUACCUUCCCUUCAUCUCUAACUGAUGUGCAUAUGUAUUAGUUAAACGCAUAAAUGCAAAUAUCUUGAAGGUGUAAGACCUAUAUGAUAUUGUGCUUUGCCUUUGUUUCCAUAUGAAAUUCGCCAUCAGCCAUCAUCAAUCCACUGCCGAUUGAAAGCCUCCCUAAAUCUUAUUUGCGAUGUAAAAAUCCACCUACCGCUAAAGCAGCUGAUUUAAUUGAUCCAUCCUGGUGAAUGCCCUCUUGGACACGUUCCAUUCUUUAACAUUCUUCUAGAAGCACAUUGGUAUGGAAGAGGGGUGCAGGGAUGUCCUGGAGAGAGUUGGCAGUUAAACAGACUUGGUUCCGGCUGGGGAAUGUGACUGGAGGUAUAAAAGGAUGAGACGAAGGGGAGUUGUGGGCUUCAGAUUCUAGUAGGCUCGGAUGCGAAGCAUGUGUUGUGAGGAAGAUAACGCAUGGCUAAGUCGUUACGUGGCAGGGUCGUGCCAAACAAUUUUUAAUAAACUUUUUUGUGAUCAACA